GGGUGUGUUCGUGGGGUUUUCCACGGCAGCGCGCAGCCAUGGCGACGGCAACUCGAGCAGAAAUAUGUCUGCGCUCCACGGACGGGUUUGUUUAGGGUUACCUGACCGUAAGCAGACGUAAGUUAGUUAACCAGAUGGUGAUGUCACCCUCCUGCUGCUCACCUGUCAGAGGACAUUCCUGAGACGAGGUAAACCUGGGUUAGUUUACUGAAUGACGCUGAUUUAGCAAAGACUCGGAUAUGCUGCACCAGAUGGAAGGGGAUUCAUCAGAUGACAGUCUGGAGGUGUUAAUGGAUGAACCCUCUCACUCGAAGCCUUCCACCAAUAACAUCUCAGAACAUGAAUUCUCGUGCCACUGCUGCUACGACAUCCUGGUGAACCCCACCACUUUGACCUGCGGCCAUAACUUCUGCCGCCACUGUCUGGCUCUGUGGUGGGAGUCUUCUCACAAGAAUGAGUGCCCCGAGUGCCGGGAGAAGUGGGAAGGCUUUCCUAAAAUCAACAUACUGCUGAGAGAUGCAACCGACAAACUGUUUGGUGAGGUUGUGCAGCGGAGGAGAGCGGAGAUCCAGGAUAACCCCAAAAUCUCCCGGAGUUUACUGGCAUUCCAGAGGUAUGGUGACAAUUUGGGUAGAUCCAAGACAAACCAGCACAAAGGAGCAGGCUUCUUCUUCUCUGGAGUCCUCACUGCGCUCUCGUGCGUGGCUGUGAUGGUGCUGGUGUAUCACUGGAGCAGCGGCGUGGUGGAGCAGCAUGACUUGUUGAUCAGUAAACCUGUAUCUCGCUGGACGCCGGAAGAAGUCGUUUCCUGGUUGGAACAUUUGGGGCCGUGGGCUCAGCUCUACAGGGAACCCUUCCUGCAGGAGAAAGUCAAUGGAAGGCUUCUGUUGAUGCUGGGAGAUGAAGAGUUGUCGAAGCCUCCUUACAGCAUCGAAAAUCAGGCUCACAGACGAGCUGUUGUGGCUGAACUGGAGAGAGUUAAAGUCCUAGGAGUCAAACCUCCGCAGAACCUCUGGGAAUACAAGGCGGCUAACGCGGGGAAGUCUCUGUUCUUGCUGUAUGCACUGAAGCGCUCCCCUCGUCUCACACUCUUCUAUUUGUAUUUAUUCGACUACUCGGAAACCUUCCUGCCCUUCCUGCACACCUGCUGUCCGGCCAUCACACACAUUGAUCAGUCGGUGGAGAGCAGCUUCCUCAACACACAGUUGGAGCCCAGCUGGCGACAGUGGGGAGAGUUUCUUGUCAAGUACCUCCUGCUUCCGUACCAGCUGAUCGCAGAGUUUGCUUGGGACUGGCUGGGCGUCCACUACUGGACGUCUCGCUUCAUUAUUGUUAAUGCCAUGCUUCUGUCUGUGCUGGAAGGCUGCGCCCUGUGGAGGCUCUGGACCAGAGCCAGGAUCAGGGCACUGCCGCGCAAGAUGUGGAACCACUUGUGGAAGAUGUUAUCUCAGGGCUUUGCCUUCGCCCUCCUGUGGCCUUUUGUCCCUCAGUUCGUGUGCAACUGCCUCUUCUACUGGGCUCUCUAUUUCAGCCCCAUCAUUAACAUAGACCUGGUGGUGCAGCAGCUAAUGCACCCAGAAACGCAGGCACUGUGACAGACUGCAUGCAAGUCAGUGCCCAAGCAAUGCCGUACAGUUAGCAGCAAAUAAAAUAGCCAGAAAUCUAGUCGCUGAAGAAUAGAAGUGUUUACUUUCAGCAGUGAACUCACGUGAGACUGGCUUAUUUGCUGUAGGAAAGGAAGCUUUCUCGCUUCCUGGUUGUCUCUCUGCUGGAUGGUUGCCAUGUGGAACAGGAGAGAGGCUCUGAACUAUUGUCAGUAGAAACAAAAACCAACGAGAUGAGAGACGGUAAAAAAUAUCUGCGUCGCUAUUGACGAUGAGAGAUUACUGCAGCAAUCUCUCUCUCUCUCUGCGUGCAUAGUGCAUUCACAAACCACAUUGCCUAAUGAUCCACAGGGCAGUUAUGCAAAUGAUCAUCAUAUUGCAAACACUGGUGGUAGCGAAGACUGGCCUCAUGAGUUCCCUAGAAGCUGAUGGCUCUGUAGCACAGAGAUGGAUGUAGUCUUGAGGAAGUUGAGCUUCUUUUUUUUUUUUUAAUGUGUAUACAGAUCAAAUGGCUUCAUAGCACGUAAUCCACAAUCAAUUAAACUAAGUAUCAGUUUGAAUGAAGCAGUAUUAUAAUUGUAUAUGAAUCUUUAUUCUGCAUUAAAGUCUGUGAAUUCUUCGGGGUUCUCUGGCUGAGACCGAGAUCUCAGUGCUACAGAGCUGUCUAAAAAAUUCACUCUUCAAGGUUUGGAAACAUGAUUGCGAAACGUGUCAAAUGUUGAGGUUUAUAGUUCCGCGGCCUCGGGCUUCACAGAUGAUUCAAGAGAAAACAGGAACAGUGUUGGAGAACAGAUGUUCAACACUGAAGUUUUGUUGCAGGAGUUCCAGUGGUUCCUUUUCAAGAGAUGUGGCACUUAGAUUUUUUUUAAAAUCUUAUGUUCUUACUUUUUUUUUUGGUUAUUUUAAGAAGAAAAUGUUCAAAGCAGAUUUUAUUCGCUCAAACUGCUGACAAAUAUUACAUUGCACAUUUUUUUUAUUCAAAAAUAUUUUGUUUGCAGUAUAUUGGAUAUUAUACUAGAUUAAUAUACUCAUGGGAUACUACGUGUAUCUAUUUGAUGGGUGGUAGAGCUUAAUCAAAGAUGUUUUAUUUUUACAUUGUUCAUUUGCACUUCAAAGUUCUACACUGUGAUUUUGUUCUUUAAAUUGAUUUAUCUUUUUGAUUUUCUCUAAUGACAGAAAAAAAUAAAGAUUUUUAAAUAA